AAACCCUCCAACAUCCAUUGUUUUUAUAUCACGUUGCGGGAUACAAAGCCGCUGUUAUCUUUCAUAAAAAGUGCAUUUCUCUUUCAAGAAUACCCCUUUUUAUGCUGUAAUAUAUAAUUUCUUGUUUUUGAGAAGAAAUUGAGGUUAUGCUGCUCAGGAGAUUUUCGAGGAGGCUUUUCUGCACCAAACCACCCCCAGGAGGGUCUUCUAAUGUGCAAGAAUUGCUAGACAAUGCCGCCACCUUCGAGGAUAUUACCCCAAAGACGCCUGACGAUGAGUGGGCAACACUUCCCUAUCCAGAAGGGACUUCUUAUAGGCAGAGUCAAGCGGCAAAGUCUCGAAAACCUAAAAAGGAUCCUAGGAAAACAUCUAUUAUUCUCUUCCCGGGCCAAGGAGCGCAAUUCGUAGGAAUGGGGAAAGAUCUGGUGAAGAUUCCCUCAGCAAAGGACAUGUUUAGUCUCGCUAGCGAGAUUCUGAAAUUUGAUGUCUUAAAGGUGUGUCUCGAGGGUCCUGUUGCGAAAUUAAACAGCACGCGGUAUUGCCAGCCGGCUGUUCUUGUGGCCUCACUGGCAGCACUUGAGAAACUCAAAGAAGAGCGUCCGGCAGCUAUAGAUGAGUGUUAUGCGACUGCGGGCUUCAGUCUGGGCGAGAUCACCGCACUGAUCUUCGCCGGAAGCAUUCCUUUCGACCAGGGCUUGAGACUGGUGCAAGUGAGAGCAGAAGCCAUGCAAUUGGCCAGUGACGCUGCUGCCGGCGGAAUGGCGACUGUUCUGUACGGUCCGGAUUCAAAAGUGGGCCAGGCCUGCCUCCGUGCCAAGGAAUGGUGCAUCGAGCGAGGUGUGGAGAAUCCCGAGUGUCUGGUGGCCAACUAUCUCUAUCCUCACUGCAAAGUUGUGGCUGGCAGCGAGGAAGCUCUCAAGUUCCUUGAGACAAGCGCAAAGGAAUUCGGCUUGAGGCGGGUCAAGCGACUGCCCGUGAGUGGAGCCUUCCACUCGUCCCUCAUGGAGGCCGCUGUGCUGCCCUUCCGUCGUGCUCUGGACAAGAUUGAACUCUCAGAUCCGCUGAUUAGUGUGCACUCAAAUGUCGAUGGGAAGCGAUAUCGUGGCGCCGAACACGUGAGAAAGCAGCUGCCCAAGCAGAUCGUCAGACCUGUGAGGUGGGAACAGACGCUGCACAUCCUGUACGAAAGGGCGCAAGGGACUUACUUCCCCAGGACCUUUGAAGUGGGCCCAGGGCGAGCCCUCACCACAAUCCUCAAGCAAGUGAACGCCAAAGCGGCAGAUCACGCCUUCAAUAUCUCUCCGUGAGACUAUUUUUGUAGUAAAACUCUAGAA